AUGGAGUUCCCAGAGUAUCCCUCGGUGCUUCGCCCAGAGCUGCUUCCUCCAGAGUUCCCAGAGUAUCCUUCAGUGCUUCCUCCAGAGCUCGAGGCAUAUCCUUGCGUGCUUCCCCCAGAGCUCGAGGCAUACCCUUGCGUGCUUCCCCCAGAGCUCAAGGCAUAUCCUUGCGUGCUUCCCCCAGAGGUCCCAGAGUAUCCUUCAGUGCUUCGCCCAGAGCUCGAGGCAUAUCCUUGCGUGCUUCGCCCAGAGCUCGAGGCAUAUCCUUGCGUGCUUCCUCCAGAGUUCCCAGAGUAUCCUUGUGUGCUUCCCCCAGAGCUCGAUGCAUAUCCUUGUGUGCUUCCCCCAGAGCUUGAUGCAUAUCCUUGUGUGCUUCCCCCAGAGCUGAGCAUAUCCUUGCGUGCUUCCUCCAGAGGUCCCAGAGUAUCCUUCGGUACUUCCCCCAGAGCUCGAGGCUAUGCCCCCCACUCUUCUCUGUACGUUGUUACUCUGCUUACUCUGAGUAUUUACCAGCAUUUUCUUUAG